AGGCAGCUCUACGGCUCAGUUCAGGUCUCAGCUGCAAUAUGAAGCUCUCUGUCCAGCCUGUCUGUCUGCUGACAAGCCUAUCACUUUACUACCUACUGCUAACAGUAGGGGAAGGUGAGGGGCAGUUUGUCCCAGGGAGGUGUGAGUGUUAUGACACAAAGACAACUGUCAGGGGACCACUGUCUGACCUCAAAGUCAAGCUCAAAGGCCCCGCCUGCAACACUGACCAGAUCAUAGUGGUAGAAAAGAGGACCAGUGAGCCUGUGUGUGUGAAUCCAAAUGGACCACUGGGAAAACAGAUGCUGCGCUGCUGGAAAAAAGUGGGUGGAGUGGAUGUAAAGAAGUGUCUGAGGAGGAAGAGGAGAGACCAGGGGAACCAAGGACAGCAUAAACAGAAACAGAGGAAACUCAGGGGAAAAUCUAAAGAGAGCAAAAAAAGAUGAACAACACCAAUCCCUGCCUUAGGGUGACCACAGAGCCAGCACCCAUCUGUUCUCCUGACCAGCAGACUGCAGUGUUCUAGAUAGUCUAGAAAUCCUAACCAGAUCAAGACAAAACAGAGGCAUUACAGAUUCCAGUGGCACUACAGAAAGCAGAUAACCUACAGAUACCAAAUAAUCCCCAUACAAAUCCAUCAGUUUAAAUUAGAGAUAUUGGAUGCGUCUCAAUCCACCGCAUUCGCCGAUGUUGCACUUCCGCAUCUGCGUUGAAAGGUGUCAGACAAUGAGACAUCCCGAAAAUCAGUGUUCUCACAAAAUCGUCUGUAGAGGCCGAACGGUGUGGCCUACAAACUAUUAUGACCCCUCUAUGGAAAGAUGAGACUCUCAUGAACACGAUGGUCUCAGUUUUGCCCACAAGCGUAUUGGGAAUGUCUGAAGUCGGUACACCAAUCUGACAACUUCUGUCUGUAGCGUCCGAACAGUUUGUGCUACACAGUAAUAUGACUGCAGUGUUCUAGCUAGUCUACACUGUAACCCUAGACCAGAUAAGGCAAAUGUGUUGUGUUGAAUGAAUAUAUCAUCAUGUUCUGUUACAGACAUCAUUGAUUAACUGUAUAUUGUAAACACUGUAUCUAUGCUGCUAUUUAUUAUUACUUUUAACAUUUUUUAAGGAGUUUUAUAAAAAAUAUUCAAACUAAUACUGUGACUGACUGUUGUUGAAUAUGUUCUUGUUUUCCAGUCAUUUUAACAGGUACGGUAGCCUAUUCCUGUAGUUCUGUGGUUGUUUACCUAUCUGUUAUUAGUCCCGCUCUCUCUCAUUCUCUCACUUUCCAACACUCCCUCUCUUUCUCCAAUCACCCUCUUUCUUUCUCUCACUGAGGAAUUACAUAAUAGACUGUCUGUUUACCAUGAAGUUUACCAUUGUUCACUCACAAUUUACAACCUCUUUUUUUAUCAACUAAAGGAUCUCAUAUCAGCUACACAGCACACAUAUCCUCUAUCAAAUAUUAUCAUAUAUACAAAACACAUCUCCACAACCAAACAUAUUCUAUAAAUGAUUCUGUCCUGAAUGAGUGAAUCAUGCGCAUGUGUGAUUAGACCAGAAUAUUUAUGUUAUCUCCCCAAGCUAAUGCCCAAACUUUAGCUCAACGAGUUAAGAGUAUUGUGGUGCACUGAUGACCUUUGGUUAAAACCCAGUUGGUCACAUCCACACCAUGGGACAUGAUAGCAGGUGUUUGAGUCUUUAUAUCUGUCACUGAAAGAGUCAACAGAGAAUCAAGGCAGAACUGAGAAAGUUACACUGGCUGAGCUAUGGAAAAACACAGGAGAGAAAAGGAGAAAACAGUGAAGUAUUAUGUGUGUGUAUUAUAGAUAUACUAUAGAUAUACGGCAGUUCCUGUGGUUUACUGGAAACCAUAUGGCUGGGACCUGACUGGAUAUGGGCAUGCAGGAAACAAGGGGUGAGAUGUACACAUUCACACUGCAAGCACAUGCAUAUAUGCAUGCACACACAAACACAAUAUAUAUACAUAUAUUGUCACGACUUCCGCCGAAGUUGGCUCUCCUGCCUGUUCGGGCGGUGCUCGGCGGUCGUCGUCACUGUCCUACUAGCCACUACCGAUCCCUUUUUCGUUUGUCUAUUGGUUUUGUCUUAUUAGUUUCACCUGUGUGUAUUUUAGUUUAAUUAACGUCCUUAUAUGUAGUAGGUUGUCCCGCCCUUGUUUUGUGCGGGAUUGUUUUUGUAUUCAUGUCAUUUGGUGUAGUGCUUGUGUUUUAUUCUCCGGUAUAUUUUUGAUCCUGUGUUGGAUUAUUCACCCUGUGUGUUGGGUUGACCAUGUUUUUUGUGCACCGGAGAAUAAACGG